AUGGGGUUAUUGAGGAAUGAUUACGACCGGAGCCGCUUUGCUAUCAGCCUCAGACAUCAGGGGGAGCUGCCAUAUCUAAGCCCCGCAUCAGCGAACGAGGCAACUCGACGAAUCAUGCACGAGGAUCUCAAACUGCAUGAGGGAUUUCCUGCUAUUGGCGACUACGGUGUGACUCCGGACCAGCAGAACCAACCAGGGCUCUGCACAGCGAGGCUCAAGCUAGAUCGUCGAACAGAAUGA